AUGACCAGGAAACUACAGAACCCCACUGUGGAUGAUGCCAAGAGUAGAAAGAGGAUUCUGAAGCCGGUUGUUGAGAAGAAGAGAAGAGAUCGAAUAAACCAAAGUCUUGCUGAACUGAGAAGUUUGCUGUUGAAUCAUACGUCGGAUGCACGGCUACAGAAUCCCAAAAUAGAGAAAGCGGAAAUUCUGGACUUGGCUGUGGAAUAUCUUCAAAAGUGGACAGAUGGAAAGACACUGAGUGAUGAUUCUACUAAUAGUCAAACGAAGACUCAUGCUUCUGUGGUAAGCCUUCAUCACCCAGAGUCAAGUCCUCCUCUCUUCACCAUUCAGAGUGCAGGUUUUCAGCAGUGCAUGGCUCAGCUCACCAACUACAUGCACAAAAUAACACCGGCACAGAGAAGCAGCCUGAUCGAGGGACUGAAGCAUCACACGGAGACACAGCAGCUCAUAUCAGACUUCAACCUGCGAGUGCCUGGUACAGCAUGUGCGGAUGCAGUCUCAACAUCUGACACAAAAGACGACUCGUCCAAGCUUCUGUUUCCGUCCCAUUCCCCGUUUCAGCCUCAGUCUUGCUCCACACCCUGCCAUGACUACCUCUCCCCUCCCUCCUCCCCCUGGUUCUCUCCUUCUUUCUCCACAUAUGCCUCGUCUCCUCCUUUCCCGUCAUUUGCCUCUCACUUCUCCUUCCCCCCCAGCCUGUCACCUCCGUCUUCCAACAACUCCUUCUUCAGUUUCUCGCCCACAGCCCCUCACACUGGCCCACCCGGCCUCCACUUCCCCCCAGCAACUUCCCUGAGAUCCUCUCCACACCUUGCACCGAGGGAGGCGUCACAACCAAACUCUUCUUCGACCAUGUGGAGACCUUGGUUUUGACGAGAUUGUGCAGAGACUGAAAAACUGAAAACAGCAGAGCCACGUGGGAACAAACUCUACCUAUAGGAGAGGAAUGACUCUCCUACA